UUUAGAGCUCCACACGCGGAGCAUUGGUGAUAGAGUUUGUACUCGGAGGCUCUCGUCCAGCGACACAGCUUCUCCACCGGUGGCUGAAAUGGCAGCGUUGCACCUCCUGCUCCUUUCUCUGCUCUGCGCGUUGUUGGUGCACCGCUGUGGUGGGGCCUGUGUAGAGGUGGACUCUGACACGGAGGCGGUGGCAGGAAAGGGCUUCAAAAUAGGCUGCAUCUCCUGCAAGAGGAGGAGCGAGGUGCCUGGCAGCGCCAACGUCGAGUGGUACUUCAGGCCCAAAGGAGACACCGAAUUUGUUCUGAUUUAUUCCCACGACGAGAGCGGCUCCAGCAUUGAAAACGACCAAUUCAUGGAACGUCUGGACUGGGUCGGAACCAAACGGGGCCGGGACAUCCAGGACGCGUCCUUAUACCUGCUCAACGUCACCUUCAACGACUCCGGCGUCUACCGGUGCUUCUUCUACCGCACCCUCUUCUACGAGAACUAUGAGAACGUCAGCCACAUCAGCAAGGUGGUUCACCUGUCCGUGGUGGCGAAAGCAACCAGAGGAACGGCCUCCAUCGUGUCAGAGGUCAUGAUGUACGUGUCCAUCAUCGGCCUGCAGCUCUGGCUGCUCAUAGAGAUGAUAUAUUGUUACAGAAAGAUCGCGGCCGCUGGGGAGGAGGCGUUACGAGAAGCUGCGAAUGCUGAAUAUUUAGCAAUAGCCUCAGAAAGUAAAGACAACUGUGCAGGGGUGCAGGUGGGAGAAUAGCACAGGCUUCUUCCUUGGACUGAAAUCCUCCUUCCACCCUCUGACCUGCAUGAUGACAAGAUCGACUCUUCUUCUCAACUCUCCAAUUUAUCUUUCCUCGACAAAGAUCGAACUGGAUGUGACACACAGUACAGAGAGAGCAUGGUGCCAGCACUGUAUAUACUGAUCUGCGUGCAAAAGCAUGUUGUGCACUUAUGAGAAACCAUUAUGCAUUAACGAGGCACAUUGUUAAAAGCAUAGGUUGUACAUUUCCUUAAGUGUAUGCUGUCAUAGAUUUAUAUAAAAUGUAAGCAGAACUAUGGGGAUCCAUUAGUUAGGAUGGUUAUAAACUAAAGCUUUUUACCAAAUCACCACCACCUAAUGUAUAAAUACUGAGACACAUAACAUGUAUGGUGUUAUUUAUAAGCUAGAAUGUAACGAGCUAAGAUAGACUUUCUUUUCAGAUGCUAGUUGUACAUUAAAUGAAACCAAAUUAAAACAUGAGGAAAUAAA